AUGGCCGAGGCGGAAGAGACGCCGGCUAGCGCACCUGACGCUGCGGUGGAGGAAGCCCCGCCCGUCAGCGCUAGCGCUGCUGAGACACCGGCUGAGACACCGGCUCCUCAGGAGGCCGAGAAGAAGAAGAAAAAGAAGAAAAAGGUCAAGGAAGUCAAGUCCGUUUUCGAGUCCACGCCGGCACAAUCGUCUGCUGAAUUUUCCGCAACGAGAGCGGUCCUCCCCCCUUUGCCUCCUUUGCUGCUGUGA